ACCCAAGGUUGAACCGGUUGAAGCUGCUUGGCGGGAAAUAUCUUCAUAAUGUUUGGGGAAAAUGCGAGACAAUAUCACCGACAGGGUUAAGUAACCACAUGAAUAAGACGGAUGGGUACAGGGUGGACACUACAAACUCAGAAGAUUGAAAAAAUCACUUCAAAAGAACAUGGACAAGCUUGAAACUGUGCAAAAGCACACAGUUGCUAUUCAAAGUCUGCUGUCCGGUGGAGCAACGAUACAGAAAGGAACAGACAUUAAGUGCAAGACACUGUUAGACAAUGCCGCAGCAGCUCUAGCAGAGGUGUACAAACUGCUGUUGGAGGGUGGAUCCACCAAUGGAGACGUCAAGGGAAGAGAGAGCACGAAGAUCAAGGAAACGUCAUCAGUCACUAAAGACAAAAGUAAAGUAGAAAACAGACCAGGACGUGCUGUUCACAUGACCAUGGAUGAAGAGGACUUAGAGGAUCAAGAUGAGUAUCUAGAACGACUCCAAAAUGAAGAGGAUGAGGUUGAGCUGACACCUGCAGAGAGAGCCGAAGCAGAGGCCCUCACUACCUCAUUCACAGAGCUGGAUGAUGAUUUUGAUGAUGACUUUGACACUCAAGCUCUUGAGGAGAUAGAUGCCAUGUGUACAGAUGGUGUCAUCACUGUGGAUGAUGGAGAUGACGAUGAAACUGACAUAGAAGAAGAGGAGGAGGAAGAAAAUGACCCUUCCGUUCCCCCACCUGACAAAGACACAAUUGAUUCACUGAAGAGAUACUUUGGCCAUGCUCACUUCAGGCCGAUGCAGUGGAAAAUUGUCCGCUCUAUACUGAAGGAAAGAAGAGACAACUGCUGUAUCAUGGCAACAGGUUAUGGAAAGAGUUUGUGUUAUCAGUUCCCGUCUGUGUACACUGGUGGCACCACUGUGGUCAUCUCUCCCCUCAUCUCACUCAUGGAGGACCAGGUCCUCGGGCUCAAAGUGGCUAACAUUCCUGCAUGUUUCCUGGGGUCAGCACAGAAGGACAAAGCAGAUGUCAUGAGGAACCUGAUGAGGGGAGAAUACCGUGUUGUCUACAUCACUCCUGAAUAUGCUGCUGGAGGAGCUGGGGAAAGUGUGCUCAAGGACUUGGACAAGAAAAUUGGUAUCACCCUGAUCGCCAUAGAUGAAGCCCAUUGUGUUUCCCAGUGGGGUCAUGACUUCAGGUCGUCUUACAGAACACUGGGGAAGAUCAGGGGCAUUCUACCUAAUGUGCCUAUCAUGGCAGUCACUGCUACUGCCACACCUGAGGUCAAGAAUGACAUCUGCCAAUCACUUAGCCUGAGGAACCCUCAGAUCACCAUGACAAGUUUUGACAGGCAGAAUCUAUUUCUAGAGGUGUUCAGUAAGGGUAACAUACAACAUGAUCUGAAGAGCCUUAUGAGAGAGACAUCAAGGAGGUUUUACUAUGAGUUUGAUGGACCGACCAUCGUGUACUGUCCAACUAGGAAGGAAACUGAGAAUGUUGGGCAGUCUCUCAAAGGUAUGGGAGUGAAGUGUGAGAUCUACCAUGCUGGCCUGUCCAAUGAGAAGAGAAAGGAGGUUCACCAUAGAUUUAUCAGAGACGAGCUACAGUGCAUAGUGGCCACCGUAGCAUUUGGAAUGGGCAUUGACAAACACGAUGUGAGAAGAAUCAUCCACUAUGGUGCACCCAAGGACAUCGAGUCGUACUACCAGGAGAUCGGGCGCGCAGGGAGAGACGGGAUGAACAGUUCCUGUCACGUCUUCUACAGUCCUAAGGACUUUAUCACAAACAGAUAUUUCCUGAAUGACAUCACAAGUGAAAGAUUCCGACAGCACAAAACCGAGAUGAUCAAUAAAAUGGAGAAAUACCUGGCCACUACAAAGUGCAGGAGAAGAAUGAUCCUGUCCCAUUUUGACAAGAACUGCAAGAGUAGUGUGAGUGGUACGGCCCAGUGCUGUGACAACUGUGUGGAGAAAUUAAAGGCAGCCAACAGAGCUGGACAGUCCACCCGUGUACUGACCACAGCUCAGAUGAACCAGGACACUCAGGUGGACUACAGCAAAGAGGCACAGCUCAUGCUUAAUGCUGUCAAGGCGACAGGAGAGACUUUUGGCUUGGCUGUUCCAGUCAUGCUCCUGAUGGGCUCUACCAACCAGAAGCUUCCAGACAGGUGUUACAAAAUGAAGAUGUAUGGGAGCGGCAGGCAUCGCUCAGAAAAAUGGUGGAAAGCAUUUGCUCGUGUGUUGAAGCAGGAAGACAUGUUGACUGAGACCAAGGCAGGGGGUGGCGGUUUCAGCAAGUUUUCAUACAUGCUCACGGUGCUGUCGACCAAAGGGCGCAACUGGCUGAACAAAGCUCUCAUGUCUGAUGGCAAGGCAGUGGAAUUCAAGAUUGCUCCCAAUAAGGAGCUGUUGUCAUUUGAGAAGGACAGUACGUCUUUACCUUUCACUUCAGGGAAACCAUACAAUGCAACAAGGGCUCCCUCUACUCAAGCUUCUGCAAGUUCCAGUUCUGCCCCAGGACGACGUAUCCUCCCCACUGUCCAGACCAGCUCCUGGGUAGCCAGCUCUGUACCAGGGUGGGUCAACAUCUCUGGCACUCCUCCUGCACAGAAGACAAGAUCACCACAGGAGGAGAAGCUACAGGGCGAGCUGUAUGGUAAGCUGAUGCAAGUGAGGAAUGAGAUAGCUCAUGACAUGGACGCCCCUCCCUUCUAUGUGGCCAGCAACAAGAUACUAGCUGACAUGGCCAAGAUCAGACCCAAGUCCAUGGCCAGCCUACUGAACAUGGAUGGUAUAUCAGACGUGUGCGCUCAGAGAGUUGGACCAAAGAUGCUUCCAGCAAUCCAAGAAUUCUGCAGACUUCACAGUGAGCUGAACAUGGACAACUUCCCCACACAGAACACACAGGCAGAUCUAUUGACUAUGGCCACUAACAAAAACUGCCAACCCCUGACUGAGACAGUGCACACCUCCUACACCAUGUUUCACAGUGAUAACCUGGGACUGGACCAGAUUGCACGAGAAAGGAACAUCAAGGCUACCACAGUGUUAGGCCAUCUGUCCAUGGCCAUCUCUGCAGGCUAUCCAGUCAACAUAGAGAAAGCUGGAUUGACAGAACAGAUGAGAGAUGAGAUUACAAAAGCCAUACGGAAGCCUCCUAUCAACUCAGAUAUUAGCCGUCUGUCAGCCAUCAAGGAGGUCCUACCAAACCACAUAGACUAUGGCCACAUCAAGAUGGUCCUAGCCAUUCUACAGCUGCAGUUUGGGAUGGCAGUUCCAGACGAUGCCGAUAUAUAUGGGAACUUGUCAAAUGUACAGCCGUCCCAGCUCCUCUCUCAGUUUGCUGCAAGUCCCCGAGCCAGCAGCAGCUAUACCAGUGCCUCCCAGUCCACACAGUCCCCAUCCCAGCCACCAGACUCACAGGGAACUAAACGAAAGCUACCAUCUUGGCUGGACAGCAGCAAAAGAGGGUACAGAAGUGGUGGUAGUAAAAAAUCUAAAUCUGGAGGUUUGUUUGGCAUGUAGUAGAGUUAGUGUCAGACUCUUGCUAAGGAUCUUACAAGUAUAUAGUAGCUUCUAAAACUACUCAAAGCUUUAUGUUGUUUCAGAACUUUUUCAAAAAAGCAGGUAAUGUCCAGCCUUUGUUAAUCACUUUACAUUGAACUGUACAAUUGACAUGAUUAUGGCACUGCUAGAUCAGGUCUAUCCUGCAGUAAUGACAUUGGGGCAAUGAUUAUAGUAAAAUUCAAAACAAGGAUGACUUAGUUUGUCAUUUGUGUUUGAUACAUGUCAAUCUGAGAGGACAGCAUAUUAAUAGCUAAGCUCUCAACAUUACUACAUUCCAUGUUAUAUUUGUAGACACUCUACUUACUUUAUAGAAAACCCAUAGGGGUGUAUAAAUAUUAUAUUUGGUAUACAGUUACUACAGAUAGUACUGAGUUACUAAUUUUUGGCAUAAAAUUAUUAAAGUUUCCCUUUGUUUUGUUUUGUGACAUGAAAGAAAAAAUAAACAAGGCAGUAGGAAGCUACUUUUUUGUCUUGGAUUACUUCUAGCCAUGCUGUAUGUAUGAAUUACACAAAUUUGCAAUCCAGCAGUUUGUCUCCUUUUAUUAGCUAAAAGUGAAACCCUUCUCUAUACACCAAGUCGAGCAUAGUUAACACAUCAAGUCUCAGCAGACGCUUCUCCAUGAAAUUAAAUCUUUUAUUCAGAAGUACUCACAACGUAGUACAUGUACACAUCAGGAACACAUUCACAGCACGUACAUAUGUAUGAACAUGGCAAAACAUAAUGGAUGCUAAAUGCACUAUAACAAAUUUAACAGUUUAGAAUUCCCAAAUCUCUAAUAUAAUUAAAGUAACAGACCUUUCCCUGGUGCUGAACACCAAAAGUGACACCCUCAGAAGACGGACUGUAUUUCAUUUCCAGCUAUAUUGAAGGGAAAUUAAAGACCACUAGACCUUCCCCUUUUAGCUUGAUGUGACAACUUUGGUAUCUUGUAGACCUUGCUGCUGAAGAAUCUGUGUAGCUUUGUACAGAAAUUCUUCCACAGAGGUAAAUUAUCCAUUUAAUAUUGUUCUUUCCAGUGAUAUUACCAGAUAAGUUCAAUGACAUACAACAGUACAUUUGUUUUGCCAUAAGAAUGAGAUCCUAUUACAUUAUUUGUGUAAGGUUUGCUGCAAAUAUAACCCUGGCAUAAAUUAUAGCAUAUUUUCUUUAAUUGAAGGCAUUCAUUUAUUUCUAAAAACAAAAAA